CCAGACCAACUCCCUGAAGGGCCGGGCCACCCCCACCCCUGGCCUUCAGGGCUCAGAGUGGAAGAAGGAAGUGCAUGUGUUUCUCAGACAGCCUUUACUGCGUGUGCCUGUGCACCUGCCCCAGGAGCUCUCAGGAGCCGGGAGUGCCGAGCUUGGCACAGAAGCCUAGCUUCCUCGUGGCCUGUGGCGCUGCCAGGUCCAGUGGAGCUGCUGGGGGAGAUGGGGACGAGUGCUCCUGAUCAGCACCCAGGGGUAUCCCAAGGGCCCUAGGCCACGUGGAGGAAGACAGGAGUCCUGCUCUGCUCCCCACUGCCAGCCUUCAGGAGGAUGAAGGAAUCGGAGGUUCAUGCCAGGCUCAGGAAGAUGGCUGCCCUUUACCAGUGCAUCAGGCCUGACCCCAGUGAGCUGGACAUGAUUUCCACAAGGGUGAUGGACAUUAAGCUUCGGGAAGCCGCAGAAGGCCUUGGAGAGGAUGGCACAGGAAAGAAAAAGUCGAAAUUCAAAACUUUCAAGAAGUUCUUCGGGAAGAAGAAGAGAAAGGAAUCUCCAUCGUCCACAGGAAGUAGCACCUGGAAACAAUGUCAGGCGAGGACUGAGGUCAUUGCCAUCGAGUCAGGGCCAGUGGGCUACGACUCUGAGGAUGAGCUGGAGGAGUCGAGGGGCACGCUGGGAAGCCGGGCCCUCUCACAUGACAGUAUUUUCAUUCCUGAGUCUGGACAGGACCCUGCUCGACCUGUAAGAGUAUUUUCCCAAGAAAAUGUGUGUGAUCGGAUUAAAGCUCUGCAGUUAAAAAUCCAGUGUAAUGUGAAAAUGGGGCCGCCACCUCCUCCAGGGGUGCUUCCCACCAAGCGGGGAGAGGAUGCUGGCAUGAGCUCUGAGGACGACGGGCUGCCCAGGAGCCCCCCGGAGAUGUCCCUGCUGCAUGACAUGGUGCACGGCCCCACCAUAAAGGUCUCUUUAGUGUCCUCAACCCGGCCACUGUCUCCAGACCAGGCAAGUGACACCACCGUCUCCCCACGGACCUCAGACAGCAGCCUGGCACCCGUGGCUGACUUCAGUCACCCUCCAGAGUCCUCCUCCUGCCUGGACAACUCCGCAGCUAAACACAAGCUCCUGGUUAAGCCCCGCAACCAACGGUCGAGUAAAAUGAGGCGGCUGUCAUCGCGAGCACAGUCUGAAUCCCUGAGCGAUCUGACGUGGACCCUAGAGGAGGAGGAAUGUGAAGAGAAGCCGUUACCUGAAGCUGUCAUGGAAGAGAGUCCCAGCUCUGGGCAGCAGCAUGACAUAGUGCUAGACAGAGGCCCUGGUCCUGGGCCAGCCAUAACCUUGCUGCAGCCUGGAGGGGCCCGAGCCAGACGCGCCCGACUGCAGCACUGCCAGGCACUCAAUACCAGCAUGGAGGAAGAAGGGAGCGCCCCUGGUGACAAGCCCCCCAGCCGCCCUGCCACCCCAGAGGCCACUGAGCCCAUGUCAAUCCCUGCCCCCUGUGAGGAGUGGUUGUCUCUUCCAGGAGGCUCAGCGCACCCCAGUCCUGACAGCGAGAACCAGGAGGAGGCGCCGUCCACCACAGGUUCCAGCCCCCUGAUGGCUGACACUGCUGAGGAGGGGGGCUGUACUUCUGAAGAUUUUGCAAGUUCACUGUCUACCGAUGUCCCUGCAGGGGACAUGACACCUCCUGGGACUAUCGCUGCAACUGCCUUGGAAACACUGGCUGGUCCUGAGGAGCCACACCAAGAUGUCCCAGAUCAAGGUAUCCCAGACCAAAAUGUCCCAGACCAACAUGGCCCAGACCAAGGUGUCCCACACCAAGAUGUCCCAGAUCAAGGUAUCCCAGACCAACAUGGCCCAGACCAAGGUAUCCCACACCAAGAUGUCCCAGACCAACGUGGCCCACACCAAGAUGUUCCAGGCCAAGGUGGCCCAGACCAAAGUGUCCCAGACCAACGUGGCCCAGACCAACAUGGCCCAGACCAACGUGGCCCACACCAAGAUGUCCUAGACCAAUGUGGCCCAGACCAAGAUGUCCCAGACCAAGGUGGCCCACACCAAGAUGUCCCGGACCAACGUGGCCCACACCAAGAUGUCCCAGACCAACGUGGCCCACACCAAGAUGUCCUAGACCAAGAUGUCCCAGACCAACGUGGCCCACACCAAGAUGUCCUAGACCAAGAUGUCCCAGACCAACGUGGUCCAGACCAAGGUGUCCCACACCAACGUUUCCCAGACCAAGAUGUCCCAAAAGAAAUGGAGCUUAAGUUGGAAGUGGUGGAGCCUGGCAGAGCAGAGAAAGCAUCCCCUGUGGCACCAGUGCCCAAGAGCUGCCUGAAGCGCAGGGCCUCAGCUGCCAGCACGGGCCUGGCCAGGUCCCGCGAGGGGUCGCCUCCAGGGGAGCCCGGACCCUGCGCCCAGGACAGAGAAGCUGCCCCCCUGGGGCUCCCCAAGGCUGAGCAGAUGGAGUCCCCCCAGGGAGAGAGGGCAGCGCCAGAGCGGAAAUCUGAGCGUGGUGGCGCAGAGGUGCGGGGCUCCAAGAAGUUCUCCGUGUCCUCGUGCCGGCUGCGGCCACGGCCGGGCAGCUCGCGACUCUCGGAGCAUCCUGGAGCCCCCGGCGGCCGCCUGCCCCUGGGGAGGAGCGGCCCGGCCUGGAGGAGCGAGGCGGCUCUCGAAGACCUUCAGGGACCUCCUGAGCCCCAGAGCCGGAAACCCGGCCAUCAGAAGCCGGCGGAGGGCGCCUCUCAGGACGCAGGGGCCAGAGUGGCCUGCCCAGCCACCCAGGAGCCGCCUGCGAGUGAGGACAGAAGCCCCUUCCCGGUCAAGCUCCGGUCCACCUCGCUCUCCCUCAAAUACCGAGAGGGCUCCUCGCAGGAGGCCAGAGGGAUAAAGAGGUACAGUGCCGAGGUCAGGUUAGAAAGAGGGCUGACUUUACCUCCGAAAGAUGAGAAAUGUCACGUUGGGGCAGCCCCUGCCCUUCGAGGCGCCAAGUCCCCCAGCGACCAGGGAAAGGGGAAGGCACGGUCACCCGAGCAGCUCAGCUCCAAGCCGCCCCUGCCCAGGAAGCCGCUCCUGCAGAGCUUUACCCUCCCGCACUCACCCGCGCCCCCCGACGCCAGCCCUGGGGACACGGAGCCCAGGAAGGACAGCAGGACAGAGAAGAGACCGCUGCGCAGGGGAGCUGAUAAGGGCCUGCCCCCUCCAACAACAGGGCCUGGAGCAAACGGGCAGCCCGCCCCUCCCUGGAUCACCAUAGCUCGGCAGAAGCGUCGAGGGCCCCCGGACCAGCCACACAACCAGGAAGACAAGCCUGGGGCCCGGACCCUGAAGUCUGAACUUGGAAAGCAAGCCAAGCCACCCGAUAGAACCCAGGAGCCUGUAAAACAAGCAGACUUUGUCCGUAGCAAGUCUUUCCUGGUGACCCCUGUGAAGCCUGCAGUGGACCGGAGGCGGGGGGCCGAGCUCGGCCUCCAGGAGGGGCUGCAGAGAGGGAUCUCCCUGUCCCACCAGAACUUGGCAGCUCAAUCUGCAGUGAUGACGGAGAAGGAAUUACAUCAGCUGAAGAGAGCCAGUUAUGCCAGUGCAGAUCAGCCGUCCUGGAUGGAACUUGCCAGAAAGAAAUCUCAGGCUUGGAGUGACAUGCCCCAAAUUAUAAAAUAGGCUGACAUUGUGCUGAUAAAGCACGUCCACUACCUUGAAGGGACACUUAGUUAAAAACUGCCAGUAAAUCAUGGCAAACAAACUGUGAAACUGAAGAUUGAUUUUUAUCAUCUAGUUAUGGUGAGCUCGGGGAAGAGGAAAGACCCAGGCAAAAACAAAAAGGAUAAACACACAGCCAUAACACUGGGCCAGGGGGGCCCAGAAACAAGAACAACAUUGGGAAAAGUUCAGGAACAAGUUCCUGUGCCCCAAGGUGUGAAUAGAAGUCUUUUAGUAUUCCCUUCAUAAAGAGGCCUCAGACAAGGAAGAAACCAUAAAGGAAAUUGGAUGCAUAGUAGGAUGCCCUGCAAGACCAGAAGAGCAGCCAUCCCCAGGGAACGGUGUCUGCACUUCCACUUGAGAUCAGACCGAGUCUCUGGCCGCUGUCUUGCCUGUGGGUUCUGUCUUCUCCCUUCAUGUUUACGACGAGGCAUGACAUUCAUGGUAAAACAGGGAUGCCGUUUCCAAGAGCAGCUAUAAGACAAUCUGUUUUCCUGAAGAUAGCCACUUGGAGAAGGAGAGGAGGGAACAUGGCAGGGUUCAUCAAUUCAUAGACUGUUUCCAGCAAUUUAAAAAUUUUUAAACUUUUCCACUAGGCAUCUGUGUCCUUAACUAUUGCACAAUGCAUUGCCUGUUUAAUAAAAGGUUUCAAACAUG